AUCCCUAGUGUUGGUUUGACUGGAAGUUUUCCUUUGGCAUUCUGCAACUGUGGCAAAAUCUAAGUAUCCAGCGACCAAUUGAUCAUUUGAUGAUGCUGGGGUUACGCGGUUCAAUCGCAACCGUUUCUGAUGCGAGUCGUCGACUCCUUCAAUCUGUAUCGUUUCAUGGGGUCCAUGUGCAAUGCCUGAAUAUAAAAGCAGGAAUGGAGAUUCCAGACAAUAAGCCCCUUAAGUAUGCGCUUCAGUACAUACGUGGGAUCGGCAGAGCCAGGGCUGGCUUGAUCAUAUCUGAGCUAAACAUGACCAACAAACGUGCCAAGGACUUGACCCGAAGAGAAGUUGUUGCCAUUGGCGAUGAAAUCUCCAAGUACUUAGUUGGAAGGGAAUUGGCGACUAUUGUCGAGAGAGACAUCAAGAGAAUGAAGGACAUUCAGUGCUACAAGGGGAUCAGGCACAUCGAUAGGUUGCCUUGCCGAGGGCAGCGCACCAGCACCAAUGCCAGGACUAGGAAAGCUAAUCCACGGAUUGCAGUUGCAUCAUCAAACAAGUUUCCAAGCUUGGCGGUUGGUGGCUUGAGCAUCAAAUGCGUGCGUGUUGGCGGAGUUGAAAUCCCCAACAACAAAAGGGUCGAGUACUCUCUUCAGUACGUUCAUGGAAUUGGGCGUACUAGGGCACGAACAAUCCUAAUCGACCUCAACAUGGAGAACAAAAUCACCAAAGAUUUGUCGGAAGAAGAGCUCACCAUUAUCCGAGAUGAAGUCUCCAAGUACAUGAUUGAAGGAGAUUUGAGGAGGUUCAAUGCCUUGAAUAUAAGGAGACUCAAGGAGAUUCAGUGCUACAGAGGCAUACGCCACAGCCAGGGAUUGCCUUGCAGAGGACAGCGCACCAAGAACAACACUAGGACCCUGAAGGGUAAGAGGGUCACUGUUGCUGGAAAGAAAAAGGCCCGUUAAGUAAUCGAAUGGGUUUUCGACUCUUUUUAUAAUUGGUAAUGAACUCCUUUGUCUGGUUUUGUGUUUUAGCAUUAACUGCAAUUGUUCUGAUCGCUUUUGCUUCGUUGAGCUGUGCCCUCACCUUUGGAAAUGUAGUUGGGAUCAUCAAUGUGUAUUGAGCAUUUUAUCAUGAUUUGUA